AUACAUGUAAGGUAAAGUUUGACGAUAUAGGUCAUGUUUGUUUUAAUUUGUACACUCUAUCAGGACUUAAAAAAAUGGGUUUGUGACUGUUGAUUAAUCAAAAGUUUUGAACUAAUUCUUGACUCAAUUCGCUGAAACAAACUAUACUGGAGUUAAACCGAGUACCUCAAAGGCAAUGAAAGAUUCGGCGACUGUACUUGUGACUGGAGGGACUGGCUUUCUCGGACAGCACGUUGUUGGACUUUUGCAGACAAAGGCCGAUCACGUGACUGAAAUACGCGUUUUGGACAUGGUACCUUUUGAGAAUAAACUUGAUUAUAACCAUACAAAGCCAUUGAAAACCUUCGUGGGCAGUAUAACAGAUGAAAAGAUUCUCAAAGAGGCAUGCCAUGGUGUCCAAAGUGUCAUACAUAUAGCUGGCAUUCCAGACUCCGCCAUGUUCCCUGACAAGGAUAGAAUUAACGAAGUUAAUGUACAAGGAACUCUAUUGACCUUGCUGACAGCCUUGGGUACAGCUGGUAUCCAACGGUUUAUAUACUGCAGUUCUAUGUCUGUUGCUAUUGGCAACAAUGACGUCACACAGGGUAUAAGUGAGAAUGAUCCAAUCCCAUCUAAGCGUCUGUUUGAACCGUAUGCUUCGUCGAAGUUGACGGGAGAACGUAUAGUUUUAUCAGCCAAUAGCCCGACGUUUCGUACAGUUAGUUUAAGACCUUUGGUCAUGUGGGGUGAGCUGGACACUAUUUUCGUACAACUGUCUCAGAGAAUGGCGAUGUGGACGUUUGGGUAUCUACCCACAAUCAACUGCGGCGACGUAGUUCAGCACAACGCAUAUGUCGGCAACACGGCUUGGGGAUUUGUGUGCGCCGAAAAAAAGUUGCAUAGCGAUUUCAAAAAAGAUGAUCCGAUCUCAGAAAUGUCAAUCAGUGUCAAAAAUGAAAGUGAAAAAUCUAAGUUUUGCUCUGAAUUACGCAGAAGAUCAAAGAGGAUGCGAAUAGAUUCAGAAUUCGAAGAUUUUAAAGAUACGUCACGUGACUCUGAACUGUCGUCUGCUAACAUAUACUAUAUAGCUGACGACAAUCCUCCUGAAAAUCCUUUCAAAUUUCAAGACCCAAUUUUAACAGCAUCAGGAUAUAAGAUAAUAAAAUACCCUUGUCCCUUAUUUAUCAUGAAUAUAGUAUUUUAUAUAAUUUAUGGAGUGUUAGUGUUUUUAAGGCUGUUUGGACUGAAGUUCAAUUUUCCAGUGGGCUUAGGCUGUUUGAGUUACUACAGGAGGUCAUACAUUUUCAAUGACGCUAAAGCACGUGAGGAACUGGGUUACAGGCCGUUAUAUACACCGGAAGUAGCUCUGGAGAGAUCAUUGAAAUAUUACGAGAAAUUUUCUUACAGAGUAAACUGAACUGGACACAGGUGCAGGUUGCAUGACUUUAGAUAUUUUAUAAAUAUAUACUAAACGUCUGUCAAUCGUUAUAGUAUGCUUUACUUUUAUUGAUGCCAAACCACUUUAUUUUUUUCCCGAUACUACUUUAUUAAAGAAAUGAAACUUG